AUGGUGGUUCCCAGCACCAGGAGACUCAUCAAUGAGGCUCUGGAUGACCUGAAAACGGACGAGCUUGCCAGCUUCCGCACAGCUCUCCGGGAGCGGAGGGGUGACGGUCCGCGCGUCAGACGGACUGAUGUGGAGGACAAGAGCCCCCUGCAGCUGUCGGAGCUGCUGGUGCAGAAGUUCCGCAUGGAUGGGGCCGUGAGAGUGACCGAGAAGCUGCUGCGAGACAUCGGCUGCAUGCAGACCGCCGCGGAGUUGGAAGCAGCAGGCGUGCUGCAGGCUGCUCCCACAGAGACAAACUCCCCGCCGCCUCCAGAAUCCAGACAUGUGUCCAGGAGCCGUGUGAGUACACAGCAGCUGCUGCUCUCCUCCUGCUCUCAUUUUCACUUCAUGCCAAAUGUUUAA